UGAAGAAACUGCUCUGUCUGGACUGGAUUUGAACAAUGGAGACUACGCUAGCAAAAACGCCACAGAAAAGGCAAGUUAUCUUUCUUAUUAUAAUGUUGCUUUUGUGGGAGGCUGGCUCUGAGGCAAUUAGGUAUUCUAUACCAGAAGAAACAGAAAGGGGCUACUUUGUAGCUAACCUAGCAAAAGACCUGGGGCUUGGGGUGGGGGAAUUGGCAACCCGGGGCGCACAAAUCCAUUACAAAGGAAACAAACAGCUCUUGCAGCUCGAUGUAAAGACCGGCAAUUUGCUUCUGUAUGAAAAACUAGACCGGGAGAUGGUGUGCGGGGUGACAGAACCCUGUAUAUUGCAUUUCCAACUAUUACUGGAAAACCCGGUGCAGUUUUUUCAAGUUGAUUUACAGCUCAGAGACAUAAAUGACCAUUCCCCAGAGUUCCUAGAGGGGGAAGUGCGCCUAAAAAUCCCAGAGAAUGUCCAGCCAGGGACUGUGUUUCCUUUGAAAAUAGCUCAGGACUUCGACAUAGGUAGCAACACUGUUCAGAACUACACAAUCAGCCCCAACUCCCACUUUCACGUUGUUACUCACAAUCGCGGAGAUGGAAGCAAAUACCCAGAGCUGGUGUUGGACAAAGAGCUGGACCGAGAGGAGCAGCCUGAGUUCAGUUUAACCCUCACCGCACUGGAUGGUGGGGCUCCGCCCAGGUCAGGGACCGCUACAGUACUCAUUGUCGUCUUGGACAAUAAUGACAAUGCCCCUGAGUUUUUACAGUCUCUCUAUGAAGUACAGGUCCCUGAGAACAGUCCCCUUAACUCUUUAGUUCUCGCUGUCUCGGCCCGAGAUCUAGAUGCAGGAGCGUAUGGGAACGUAGCCUACGCUCUAUUCCAAGGUGAUGAAGUUACUCAACCAUUUGUAAUAGACGAAAUAACAGGAGAAAUUCGUCUGAAAAGGGCACUGGAUUUCGAGACAACUCGAUAUUAUAACGUGGAAAUUGUAGCUAUAGAUGGCGGAGGACUUUCAGGAAAAUGCACUGUAGCUAUAGAAGUGAUGGAUGUGAAUGACAAUGCUCCCGAAAUCACCAUGUCCACGCUCAGCAGUUCCACUCCAGAAAACUCCCCUGAAACUGUAGUUGCCGUAUUCAGUGUUUCGGAUCUAGAUUCUGGGGACAAUGGAAAAAUGGUGUGCUCCAUCCGCAAUGAUCUCCCCUUCCUCUUGAAACCCACAUUCAAGAACUUUUAUACUCUAGUGACACAGAAGCCAUUGGACAGAGAGUCCAAAGCCCAGUAUAACAUCACUAUCACUGUUACUGACUUGGGGACACCCAGGCUGAAAACAGAGCACAGCAUAACAGUGCUGAUCUCCGAUGUCAAUGACAACGCCCCCGCCUUCACCCAAACCUCCUACACCCUGUUUGUCGGUGAGAACAACAGCCCCGCCCUGCACAUAGGCACCAUCAGCGCCACAGACAGAGACUCAGGCACCAACGCCCAGGUCACCUACUCCCUGCUGCCACCCCAGGACCCGCACCUGCCCCUCACGUCCCUGGUCUCCAUCAACGCUGACAACGGACACCUGUUCGCCCUGAGGGCGCUGGACUACGAGGCCCUGCAGGCCUUCGAGUUCCGCGUGGGCGCCACAGACCGAGGCUCCCCCGCGCUGAGCAGCGAGGCGCUGGUGCGCGUGGUGGUGGUGGACGCCAACGACAACUCGCCCUUCGUGCUGUACCCGCUGCAGAACGGCUCUGCGCCCUGCACCGAGCUGGUGCCCAGGGCGGCCGAGGCGGGCUACCUGCAGCCCUACCUGCCGCUCCCGGAGGCGGCGGCGGAGCAGGCCCAGGCCGACUCGCUCACCGUCUACUUGGUCAUCGCCUUGGCCUCGGUGUCGUCGCUCUUCCUGUUCUCGGUGGUGCUGUUCGUGGCGGUGAGGCUGUGCAGGAGGCACAGGGCGGCUUCCGUAGGUCGCUGCUCGGUGCCUGACGGCCGUUUUGCAGGCCAACUGGUGGAUGUCAGCGGCACUGGGACCCUGUCCCAGAGUUACCAGUAUGAAGUGUGUCUGACGGGAGGCUCCGGGACAAAUGAGUUCAAGUUCCUGAAGCCGGUAAUCCCCAAUCUCUGGCCCCAGGGCGCUAGCGAAGAAAUAGGGAAAACUGCUACCUUCCGAAAUAGCUUUGGAUUCAAUUAGAGAUCUAAUUAUGAUGCAAUGUUUCUUACCAUUAAUUCCUAAGCUAUACAGAUAUAGAAUUUGAGGAUGUCAUGGAGAAAAAGUCCAUCUUCAGAGUUAGCUUUGAUAUCCUUUAAUGGAUAUCAAUGGAUUUGUCCAUUGAAUUUUAUG